CUCUGCCAACGGUAAAUCAAGCGGAUGAAAUCUUUUCACAUUAAUCUUUGUUGAAUAUUUAAACAUAGCUGGGCCUGAGUAUUGUCGUUAUCAAGAAAUUGUCUGCGGUGUUGUACUUAUAGAGAUACCAUAUAGUAACACAGUAUGAAGAUAACAUAUCUACUUUACUGUUUGAUAGCAGUUUGUGUACAUGAUCAAUGCGCAUCAGAAUGCAACUCAGUAUGUAAGAGGUGUUAUCAGGAGAUUUGCGUCGCGUGCAUUGAUGGGUAUUAUAUUAACCCGGGCGGCGUAUGCAUUUAUUGUCAAACCGGUUGUCGUUGUCAAUAUGCUGAAGGAUGCUAUGAUUGCAAAGAAGGCUAUUACAAAAGUUAUUGGGCGAAUAGAGAAUGUUAUCAAUGCAACGCAAACUGUACAUCCUGCACAGACUUUAAUCGUUGCAAUUCUUGUAAAACGGGAUCUUAUGGUGUAAUGUGUGAAUUGCCUUGUUCAAGAGGUUGUGAAGGUAGCGUCUGUGAUAAGGAAACCGGAGCAUGUACAUGUUCUGCAGGUUUCACUGGAAACAAAUGCGACACUUGUCUGGUCGGUUAUUAUGGACACGAGUGCAGACCGUGCUCAUACGGUUGCCACGGUGCCUGUGAUACACGAAGUGGAACAUGCUCAUGUAAGCCAACAUAUACAGGUCCCUUGUGUGACACGUGCGGUGAAGGAUGGUAUGUAGGAUUACUUGAUACAAAUUGUGUUCCAUGCAGAGCAAACUGUACAUCCUGUACAGACUUGUACCAUUGCAAUUCUUGUAGAACUGGAUAUUAUGGUGCAAUGUGUGAUUCGCCUUGUUCUAAGGGUUGUCAAGGUUACGUCUGUAAUAAGGAAACCGGAGCAUGUACAUGUUCUGCAGGUUUCGCUGGAAGCAAUUGCGACUCUUGUCUGAUCGGUUUUUAUGGAGACGAGUGCAUACCGUGCUCAAAUGGUUGCCAGGGUGCCUGUGAUCGACACAGUGGAACGUGCUCAUGUAAGCCAUCAUAUACAGGUCCUUCGUGUAACAAGUGCGGUGCAAGAUUCACUGGAAGCGAUUGCGACACUUGUCUGGUCGGUUAUUAUGGAGACGAGUGCAGACAGUGCUCAAAUGGAUGCCACGGUGCCUGUGAUAGACGCAAUGGAACGUGCUCGUGUAAGCCAACAUAUACAGGUCCAUUGUGUGACACGUGCGUUGACGGAUGGUAUGAGGGAUUACUUGAUACAAAUUGCGCUCCGUGCAGAGCAAACUGUACAUCCUGUACAGACUUGUACCAUUGCAAUUCUUGUAGAACGGGAUAUUAUGGUGCAAUGUGUGAUUUGCCUUGUUCAAAAGGUUGUCAAGGUUACGUCUGUAAUAAGGAAACCGGAGCAUGUACAUGUUCUGCAGGUUUCACUGGAAUUGAUUGCGAAACUUGUAUGGUCGGUUAUUAUGGAGACAUAUGCAGACCGUGCUCAAAUGGUUGCCAGGGUGCCUGUGAUACACGAAGUGGAACGUGCUCAUGUAAGCCAACAUAUACAGGUCCUUCGUGUAACAUGUGCGUUGCAGGAUUCACUGGAAGCGAUUGCGACACUUGUCUGGUCGGUUAUUAUGGAGAUGAGUGCAGACCGUGCUCUUAUGGUUGCCAUGGAUCCUGUGAUAGACGCAGUGGAACGUGCUCGUGUAAGCCAACGUAUACAGGUCCUUUGUGUGACACUUGCGUUGACGGAUGGUUUGGGCAAAAUUGCGCACAAGGGUGUAGACAUACGUGUGAAUCCUGUACUGACGGACACAGUUGUAUUGCCUGCAAAGAAGGGUUUUAUGGACGUUUGUGCACGAAGACAUGUCCAAAUAAUUGUUUGACGUGCGAAUCAAAUAACCAGUGUUUGGAAUGUAGACCGGGAUAUUUUGGGAAUGCAUGCCAAAUGUUCUGCGGUGUUGGAUGUCCGAACGGGUUAUGCGACAAGGAAUCCGGUGAGUGCUCACCCUGCAUUAACGGUUACCAUGGCAUAAACUGCAUACGAAAUUGUUCGGAAGGAUGCGUUGACAAGUUAUGUAGCCAAAAUGAUGGCGUAUGUACACGUGGAUGUAAGCACGGAUAUUCUGGUCCAUAUUGCUGUCAGCCGGGUAUGAUUGGGUGGUCGUGUGAGCUCCAAUGUGCCACCAACUGUGCAACAUGUACAUCCAUGAACGAAUGUCAAAGUUGUAACGAUGGAUUUUAUGGGUCACAAUGUAAUCAAACUUGUCCUGAUAUGUGCAAAACUUGCAUCUCGCAGUGGUACUGUCCUGUAUGCAAGAACGGAUACAUCGGGGACACAUGUAACAAACGCUGUCUUGACAAAUGCCUAACGUGUAAUAAUGACGGUACGUGUGUAACAUGCACAGACGGAUUUUCGAGGCCCGAUAAAGAAUGUCAGUGUUUGGUUACUCUGUGUUCGUCUUCUGAGUGCAUAUCGUGUGCGAAUUCUACUUACUAUUCAGAAGGAUCUACGUGUUGUCCAUGCAACAGUAACUGUAAACUUGGCGCGUGCAUAUCAGCUGAUCAAUGUACGUACGGAUGUAACGAUGGCUUUUUAGGACCCAAUUGUGAGUUCGAAUGUACACAUAUCGAUAUGAAGUGUUCUGUGUGUAGUGGUUAUAACCUAGAGGCAUCUUUUUGUACAAUCUGUACUUAUGGAUAUUAUCCUGACACAAACCGUUCAUGUGUGCAGUGUUCAAGAUUUUGUUUGGAAGGUCAAUGUAAUAGUUCUAAUGGACAUUGUGAAAAGGGUUGCAAAGAUGGCUUUUGGAAUCCAAGGUGCGACCGAAAUUGCAGUGAACAAUGUACAGUGUGCAACCAGGAUAGUGGAGAUUGUUCGACUUGCUCAUCGACAAGUGUUUUCGGUGCAAACUGCGAUGUGCCUUGUAGUAACACAUGUUUCUCCUUUUAGAUAAAACAAGAGUGGGUGUGAGCGGAUUAUAUUUAAGGAUAGACUAUUUUCAUUCAACUUUAAAAAAAACAUUACGAUAGUUACCUAAGUAAAUUAUAGGAAACCCGAACCCAAAUUAUGAGAUGACAUAACACCUAGGGUUUCCUUCUUUAAUUUAGUGGUACGAAUUGGAAGUGGUAUACAAGGAUUGGCUUUAUUCCAUGACAUGUUUAAUUAGAAAGGUAUGUGGUAAGAAACCAUUAUUGUAACAAUAUAUACCAUUAUUAUUUAUUUUAUGAACAGGACUCGUAAACCAAAUAAUGAAACCAUCCUAGAAGCAUUGAACAAUACAUACAACUCGUCUGCAUCAGUGUAUGCCUCGGUCAAGCGUAUUGGUAGGUAUUGCGUUUGGUAGGGCAAUUGUAGAAUGUUGUUUGUAGUUUACGGCUUGACUUCACAUUAAAAAAUAAACUUAACUUGAAAAUGUGUACAGCCCUAAGAAAUGGAAGCUAAAUUAUUCAAACAUUUUUUUGUAUCAAGAGCAUUUAGGUUAUGAAAACACACAAUCUGUCAAAGCUAAAGACACGACAGUGCAAGUGCGCCACUCUGUUUACAAAAACAGUCGUCCUGGCCCGGUCUCAGCAAAGGAUGAUAAUCCAACAACAACAGAAGACAAUUUAGAAAGCGUACGUCUGUAGCCAUUGUUGAUGAGAUGAACAGCGUGCGAUAUCGGCGUGACAAACACAGAAAGUGAAACUCCAGUUAAAUUAUCAGCGCAUGGUUAUACAGUCCACUCUCGUUAUCUCGAAGUCAGCGGGAACAAGAAAAAAUAUCGAGAUAACGAGAGUUCGAGAUAUCCGAUUAGGCGUUUUCAAAGAAAAAUGAGACGAAAAUUUACCUUGAUUUUAGUCUUAAUACCUGUUAAGUGGUCUAACUAAAGCCGUCACCGUGUGGCAUAAUACUCUCUACCUGAUAUUUACGCGUUUAAUGUCGUUUUAAGUAUUACAGAAUUGCAUGAACACAUGCGGUUGUAAUUGUUCUAAACUGUCUUUCGGCCUUAAACAACUAGUCUUUCGUCUUUUCGACAGUCUGUGUAUUAAUUGCAGUUAAUUGAUGUUAAAGUGACAGUUAAAGUAACAGGCCUUACUCAAGUGUUAAUGGCUAACGACAUUACGUGUGAUCAUUGAUGCAAUCAACGGAUCAAUUUCCUGCCGCACAGUAUCAGGAGCAGCCGGGCGAAGCGGGACGGUGAAGUAUCAAAGAAACAAUGUCUCACCUUUUGCCGACACUGGGACAGAUAUUCGCACUUCGAGAUAAAUCACAGAAAAUACAUGUAAAAUCGGGACUCGGGGCAAAAUUUUAUAUCAACAUAUCGAAUUAUUCGACAUAACGAAAAUCGAGAUAUGCGAUGUUUAUUUAUAUAGAUAAAGAAAAAAGUUGGGACAUUGAGCUUUCUUCGACAUAUCGAGACUAUCGAGAUAUCCGAGGUCAAGAUAACGAGAGUGGACUGUAUUGUAAAGUGUAGCUUUCAUUCGCUAAACGAAUCUGAUAAACUCAAGUUCUUGUUUACACACCCAGAUAUGAUUAGAACUAUAGCGAAAAACCUAUUUUAACAAAUAACAAAUCAGAAACAAUACCUUGUACAAUAGAUGAUUUAAGCAAUUUUUAAGAUCUUCAGUUAUAUUUUAACUCGACUUUUUUCAUAUAUUUUUAAGAUCUUAUGCUAAAUGUUCAGUUGGUGAAUAUAUACUAUUCCCACCACUAUUUCACUUUUAAAAUGUGUAACCACUAAUAGAGAGUCCGCAGGCAUGCUGUGUUUUAUUAAUUACUAUUUGAGAAUUUCUAAAGUUUGUAUAGUAUUUAGAGUAGCAGAAUUCUCAAAAUUUCUUAAGCAAAUUGUAUUAUGUGAAUAAGACGUGUAUAGUACAGGUCAUCAUCUGGGGUUUUUGGGUUUUUUAAUUAUUAUAUAUGUACCUGUAAUAUAGUCUUCUGUUAUUGCAUACGAAUAGUCAUGUAUUAGUUGUAAUACAUUUUAAAAGUACAUACAUGUAGGUGAGACUGUAUCAAUUUACUGAUGUUUAUGACUGUAAAUAAUGAAUAACAUGUAUGUACAUUAAAGUCCCUUAUAAUUCUUUUGUAGAAUGGUCAUAUAAAAUGCAAUGUAACUAUUUUAUGAAUCUUGAAAGAAAUUUUUACAAUACAUUUUAUAUACUGGGACUAUUACAAUGCAAUAAACUUGCUUGCUAGAACAGUUGAAUGAAAUUGAAGAAAGGUAACUCUUUAGGGCUUGAAAAUGGUUGGCAAUAUGGUUCGAGUUACUUCCCUAGCAAUGUAACUGUAUACAUUAUGAAAACUGAUUUUAAGUUUAUAUUAUAUUGGAGAUUUAUAUUAUCACCACGAUUCAUCUUAAUCAAUUUAUGACCAUGGUGAUUGGAGGAUCUUUUAAGAUGUUUAAUUGUUUGCGCAAUAAUGCAUUUUGUUAUGACGGACAAUAUAUUGAAACAAGUGUAUGGCAUUCUUGAUAGGGUCGGUGGUAGUAAUGUAGUUUUUACCAUGUAUAUUCAUGAUAGUCAUAUAAAUUACAUUGAUAAGUGUUAAAUAAGUCUCUUAUAACUCAUUUAAUGAAUGGCCAAUGUUUGAUCUAUAGUUAUAUGUUUUAUAUAUGCAUUGCGAAAAUUGUAAAUAUUGGAUGAGACUAUCAUAAACUAUAAAACAUGGUCACGUUAUGUUUCUGUUUGUGUAAUUGUUUCCACAUAUAUCAACCAAUUCUCCAACUCCCGCCCCCUUCUAUUGUAUUCAAGACUUUAUGUCAUUUCAAAUUGUAUUCAUGAUCAUCGGUAUCGCUGGCAUCGAUUUGUCUUGUGAAUAAAGUUAACAAGUUAUUAAUUAAGUGUUGUGUUUUGUUCCUUUUUUCUAAAAAAAAAUGCUAGGGAUAUAAGGUUAAGAAUACCCGGUAGUUAAUGUUUGUAUGGUUUGAGUCAACCAACAAAGA